GUUCGAUUAGCUAUUCUCUUUUAUUUGUGACACAUUGGGUACUCUUCCCUCAGUUGCUUUGAUUAAGCUACCUUCAGCAUUAUCCGAAUUCAGUGUCAUGAUUCAAAGAGGUUCACACAAGUUUUCGUACCCUGAUGAGUUCAACACAAGGACGGAAUCGGCGACGACACCAUUCUUCUUGCCGCAGUAGCGACUUGUUUAGUGCAACUGGUGACGGCAACGCAGCGGUUACCAUAGUUUUUCCUACCCUCUUCAGCUCCUGGACGCUUCCAGAUGCUGUAAACUACAUCUUCCACCUCGUGUGGGUUUGUGGCAUCCCGGUGCAUUAUCGCUAUGUUGCACACCUUCUGUCCCACCUGACAGCUUCUAAAGAACUGAUGGACCGUGAGGUGUUGAAAGGGAAAGUGCCAGUGGCUGAUCAUCAAUUCUAUCGUGUAGUGCAGAGGGAUGUGUUUCCUUUGGUUUGCUGUCGUGCUAAGAACGUCAAUGAGUACGUGGUACAGCACCAAUUGGGGGACAAUGACGGCGCAGUGGCCCGGCUUGUUGCCCUGUCUCAGGUAGUUUCCGACGCGGACACGUAUCAAAUCUUCACUAACAGUGAGAGCGAGGGUGCCACAGUAGAAAUAAUUGAGGUGACCACGGAUGGCAACGCUGACAUCGAUGUGCUCGCACUCUGCUCUCCGUCGUUGAGUAUGAGUGGCAGCUCUAGUGACAGGGCGGAAUGGAAGGCUGAGACCUACAGGACUGCUAUGCGCUACUCAAGGCAACUUGAGCUCUAUCUAACAAUAAAAGAGGACAUAGUGAUUUCUCCGACUGAAUCAGAUGAUGACACGGGCAAGCGACUUCAUAACCAAGCCUAUUUUUCAGUGGAAAUGGCUCAUGCCGAGGACAGUGAUGAUUGCGAUAGCGUCUCAGAGGUCAUCAAAAGCUGUUUGUACCAGUGCGCUGGUGAGAAGCUGGAUCAACGCACUCUACAUUCUACAGAUGGUGCUACCAUCCGCCGUCUUUGUUCAGUAAAUGGGACUGAGGUCUCAAAUAGGAGGGUAAAACGAGCGAUUGAAGUAAUAGUCGUAUCUGAUGAUGAUACUGAUAAGAGCAACUAG